GUUACAUACAAUAUCGCCUUGGUCCUCAGGAUACUGUGUGAGUGCCUUAACGACAUUUACUUGACGAUAUGGGGCUAACACCGGUGCACUUUUUCUCUCAUGGAUCAACUCGGAUGCUAGAGGCCGAGACGGAAGCGGGCUCGUACUGGCAUCGCUGUGGACAGGAGGCGCUCAAACACAAUGUCAAAGGGGUCAUCAUGAUGGGUGCACAUUGGGCGUGCAAAGGGGACAAGAUCGAGGUUGCCACAAAUCCGAACCCGGACAAGAGUGCAUGUCCAUUCGUUACACCAUCACUCUACACUGAGUGGAAGUGCAAUCCAGACAUCAAGACAGCGGAGAGAUGCAUCAAGAUGCUUUCUGCCGAAGGCUUCAACGUGAGCGCAAACCCAACCUUCGACUGGAUCCAUGAUACAUACAUGAUCUUGAUACGCAUGUUUCCGGAUUGGAGAGAUUGUCCGCCGGUCACCAUCAUCUCCAUGAAUGCUCGGUACGAUCCAUAUUAUCAUGUCAAGGUGGGAGCGACGCUUCGCUCCCUGCGAAAGGAGAACUAUCUCUUGGUUGGCACUGGUGGUGCUGUCCAUAACUUGUAUCGAAACCACUGGACCGACAUGCUCCUCUAUCGAGAGUCUCUAGGCCAGGAGCACCCACCUGAGACUUGGGCUCUCGAAUUCCGUCAGGCUGUCGAAGAUGCUGUAACAAAGAACCGCGGUCCGGCCUUGCGUAAGGCCAUGCUCCGGUUGAUGCAGCACCCUGCAUACCGCAGUGCUCAAGCGACUGAUGACCAUUGGAUGCCAGCUCUGUUUGCAGCUGGUGCCGCAGGCGAUUGGGAGGAUGAGAAGUUUUCCAAUAUACUCGGUGCUGAAACAUGGGAAUUGGUCAACAUGUGCAACUCCCAGUUCACAUUUGGAAAAUAUACCACAAUGGAGGAGGAUCAAAUCACAUCUAGGGUCAUUGAACAUGCCCCAGUUGCAAAGGCAAUUCAGGCUGGUGCAUAAGAGAAUUGAAUCAACAGUUGUUGGCAUCCAAUAAGCAGCACAUAAGUUUAACAUACUGGUAGGAAAUCACAUCGUAUCCAUCAUGCCUUGAUGGGACAUUCAAUGAAUAG